CUUUUAACAAAUAUUUUAUGGCUGAGGUGGAGAUAGAGAAGGUGAAUGGCGGUGCAGGUGGUGGAGCCAGCGUUGAUAAUGGUGCACAACCUCAUCAGGAAGGCUUGCCGAGAUCAGGAAGAGAUGAAGGGCAAAUGUUAUUGGUGUGGGAAGAUUUGACGGUGGUGCUGCCAAACUUUGGUAAUGGACCUACUAGGAGAUUGCUUAAUGGACUAAAUGGGUGUGCUGAACCUGGUAGGAUCGUGGCUAUCAUGGGUCCAUCUGGGUCUGGAAAAUCCACUCUACUCGAUGCAUUAGCAGGUAGACUCUCUGGAAAUGUUGUCAUGACUGGAAAUGUUCUUCUUAAUGGAAAGAAGAGGCUAGACUACGGAGGUGUUGCUUAUGUGACUCAAGAGGACAUACUUUUGGGAACUCUAACUGUAAGAGAAACCAUAACUUACUCUGCUCAUUUGAGGCUUCCAUCAUCAAUGACCAGUAAAGACAUUGAUGGCAUUGUGGAGGAAACAAUCACUGAGAUGGGCCUCCAAGAGUGUGCUGAUCGGCUUAUUGGAAACUGGCACCUACGGGGUGUAAGUGGUGGGGAGAAAAAAAGACUAAGUAUUGCACUCGAAAUCCUCACAAGACCUCAUCUCUUGUUCCUUGAUGAACCUACAAGUGGCCUAGACAGUGCCUCAGCCUUUUUUGUGAUACAAACUCUUAGGAAUGUUGGCCGUGAUGGCAGAACUGUCAUCUCUUCAAUCCAUCAGCCAAGUAGUGAAGUAUUCUUACUUUUUGAUGACCUGUUUUUACUCUCUAGUGGAGAACAAGUUUAUUUCGGAGAGGCAGAAAUGGCUGCAAAGUUCUUUGCUGAAGCAGGAUUUCCAUGUCCAAGUCGGAGAAAUCCUUCAGAUCACUUCCUUCGCUGCAUAAAUUCAGAUUUUGACAUUGUUGCAGAGGCUCUGAAGGGAUCUCAUAGAAUAUCUGUAUGAAUAAUAUUUCUCAUUUAUGGACUGCAGGAAUUUCAAACUGCAUUAGAUCCUUCGACAAACUUACCAGCAGCACAGAUAAAAGAAUUGCUUGUUAAGAAAUACAGAAGCUCAGAUUAUGCGGCAAAGGCAAGAGCAAGAAUUCAAGAAAUCUCAACCAUUGAGGGACUCAUGAUUGAAAAAAAACAUGGUAGUGAAGCAAAAUGGUUGAAGCAACUAUCAACAUUGACACAGAGGUCCUUUGUAAACAUGUCUAGGGAUUUGGGGUAUUACUGGUUAAGGAUAGCAAUCUAUGUAGCCUUAUCUAUUUGUGUUGGCACUAUUUUUUUCAAUAUUGGAACAAACUACAAUGCAAUCUUAGCUCGUGGGGCCUGUGCCGGUUUCAUAGCAGGUUUCAUGACAUUCAUGUCUAUAGGAGGCUUCCCAUCCUUCAUUGAAGAACUUAAGGUUUUCUAUCGAGAAAGGCGCAAUGGACAUUACGGGAUUGCUGUUUAUAUACUCUCAAAUUUCCUCUCUUCAUUUCCAUUCUUGACUGUGAUGACCCUUGCUACAGCAUCAAUUACCUAUUACAUGGUGAAAUUCCGUCCAGGAAUUUCACAUUUUACAUAUGUCUCUCUUGAUCUUAUAAGCUCCAUUGCAACUGUAGAGAGCUGCAUGAUGAUGAUAGCAUCAGUAGUUCCCAACUUCAUGAUGGGAGUCAUAAUUGGAGCUGGUUAUAUAGGUGUAAUGAUGAUGACAGCCGGGUAUUUCCGAUUGCUGCCUGAUCUCCCUAAGAUAUUCUGGCGUUACCCUGUUUCAUAUAUCAACUAUGGUGCAUGGGCAUUACAGGGAGCAUACAAGAACGAUAUGGUGGGGCUUGAAUUUGAUGGCUUCAUACCUGGUGGUCCAAAACUGAAAGGUGAUGUUGUCCUCACAACCAUGCUUGGCAUUCGGCUGGAACAUUCAAAGUGGUGGGAUUUAGCAGCUGUUAUAGUGAUUUUGAUAGCUUACAGAUUUCUUUUCUUUGUCAUUCUCAAGUUCAAGGAGAGAGUCUCACCUUUAUUUCAAAGUCUUUAUGCGAAGCGAACUAUACAUCAUCUCGAAAAAAGACCUUCUUUCAGGAAAACAUUGGCCUUCCCAUCCAAGAGGCACCAAGUUCUUCAUUCACUGUCUUCUCAAGAGGGUCUUAACUCUCCAAUUCACUAGAAUCAACAAACAAAAAGAAUUCUAGUAAUGCUCUUGCUCUGAUUUGAUUACAGAAACAAGGGAAAGGGAUGAUAAUAACAUUACUUGAGAAAUUAGCUAUAUCAGCUUUAUUUUUCAAGUGCUUCUUCAAAGGCACUCCUUUAUAUUUGUAGCAGAUGGUCCAACAUUGCACUUUAUUAUAACAUCUAAUGAUACCGUUAUAUGUAAUAUCAUUCUGUUGUUGCAGUGUUAAUGCAUGGAUUACAAAAGUGCUAAUUAGAAUGUAGUUUAGAAGUUCCCAGGAUGGAUAAAUAGGAUUCUUUAUCGAUUUUUGGGUUGUUCUUUACCUACAAUUCUAUUAUUUUCUAUCAUUUGUUCCUUUCUAAUUGUGUUCUACAAGUGUAGAUUGCCAUUCCCACAAAAUUUGCAGGACAUCAGUAUCUAGCCAACAGUUGAUACACAGUUUAUAAGAUGCUAGCGUACGAGUGCAAUACUUAGGAAUUUGGAUGAACAUUUUAUAGGCUACAUCCAUUUUUUUUCUUCUUGAGCACUACAUUUGAUCAAUCUGACCUUUGUUAUUUUCUUUUUCAUUUUCACCUUGAUUUCUUCAUUUGUUCCUACAAAUCAGCCAAACCAUCCAAACACCAUUUACCGCUAUACAAUCCAGAAAAACAAUCACUGGUAAGGCACAUUGAAUGCAGUAAACACUUAUAUGUCACCUUUGAAAUUUCAUAAAUUACGGUUGAAUUAACAUCUAACUCUGUUUCAAGUCUUUAGUAUCUUACCUCUUGUCCAGAGGGGAAAAAAUAUGUAGUACACGAAUUUUACAACAGGUGAUAAGAAUCAUCCGAGACUGGAAAGAUGGAAUCAAACACACACCUCUUCCAUUUCACUAGGUGAAACAAAAUUUAAAGCAAAAAUAAUUAUGAAUCUUAUGAAAUAAAUAUUAAAAUGAUAUGGCAACCUAAGAAAUU